AUGGGCAAGCUAGUUGAGUUGGAACCGACCCUUCCAUUGCCAAUUUACCUGGCUGAUGCUAUUCUCUCUCCUGAAGCCUCAAACGCUCGGUUCCCGAGUCUGAUUGAUGCGACGCUUGAGGACCUCUCGGGCGGUCUCAAGAAGGGCUGCUUUAAAAGCACCGACCUGGUCAAGGCUUAUCUGGCGCGCAUCAAUCAAGUCAAUGAUCAGUUGCAUGCUGUCACCGAAGUCAACCCAGAUGCGCUCGCCAUUGCGGCAUCGCUCGACGAGGAGAGGGCGAAGAAUAGAAUCAGGGGACCUCUACACGGCAUUCCCAUUCUGCUCAAGAACAACAUCGCGACCAUGGAUAAGAUGAAUAAUACGGCCGGAUCCCAGGAAACUCCGGGAAGCUGGCGCCAUUUUACUAGGGAAAACUACUCUCAGUCAAUGGUCGUCGUUUCGCGCCAACAACACAAGCAAUGGCUGGACCCUCAAGGGAGCUCGAGCGGCAGCGCCGUAGCUACUGACUUGGGCCUGGCUUGGGCGGCCAUCGGCACUGAGACGGUUGGCUCCAUCCUGGCGCCGUCACACCGCAGCGGCAUCGUGGGUAUCAAGCCGACAGUGGGACUUACCUCGCGCGACCUAGUAAUCCCAAUAUCGGAGCGCCAGGACUCGGUUGGGUCUAUGGCGCGGACGGUACGAGACGCUGCGUAUAUACUACAAGCUAUUGCGGGAUCGGAUCCCCGCGAUACCUAUACGUCUGCAAUCCCGAACGUUCCAAAUUAUUUAGAUGCUCUCAACGGCAAGGGACUUAAGAGGGCUCGGAUCGGCGUGCCCUGGAAUGCUAUUAACCUGACGAUAGAAGGUUCAGAGGCAAAGCUAUCCCCCGAGCUAGACGCCUUCAAGAAGGCACUCGAAGUCCUAACCGAAGCCGGGGCCACGGUUGUCGAGACCGACUUCUCUAUGGCGCAGGAGAUUUUGCUAGCUCCUCAGCACACGCGCUAUGCAGACUUUCCCGCCAACCUUGCCGCCUACCUCGCCGAGCUUACCUCCAGCCCAUCGAAUGUUCACACCCUGGCUGAUGUACGUGAAUGGACGCGCAACUCCCCGUUAGAGGAGUAUCCUGACCGCAAUACGCGCAUUUGGGACCAUAUUCUCGAUGCUAAGAAGCCGAGGAGCAAUACCAGUAAGGGAUUCCUGAAGUGGCAUCAGAAGUCCCUGAAGCUCGCGGGGCCCGGCGGACUCUUAGGUGCGCUCGACCGUGAUGACCUUAACGCCGUCGUGAUGCCCACGAUUUCGGCGCCGUUUUGGGCUUCUACGAUUGGCGCACCAGGAAUAACGGUGCCGAUGGGGAAUUAUCUCGAGACAGCGCCGGUAUACCGCGAUGCGCCGCGCAAAUUGGUGGACACCGGCCCGUCGGUGCCAUUUGGCUUGACCUUCCUGGGGCGGCAAUGGUCCGAGGCUCAGUUGAUUGGGCUCGCGUACGAUUUUGAACAGCGGACACGGGUCAGGGGUCGGGUAAGGCCAAAGGUGGUGCCAUCGGCCGAGCUUAACACUGCUGUAUGUUGA